CACACCUUCACAAAUCUAUCAACACCCAAGACUUUCAGUCCAACACCGCCAGCAUGCCUUUCACCGGAUCCGACAUCAUCAAGAUCAUCAUCGCCAUCAUCCUCCCUCCUCUUGGUGUCUUCCUCGAGCGUGGCUGCGGUGCUGACCUCCUCAUCAACCUUUUGUUGACCAUCCUUGGUUACAUUCCCGGAAUCAUCCACGCCCUCUACAUCAUUCUCAAGUAUUAAGAUGGUCGACGAAAGCCCUCCGCGGCUUACAUGAUGAACCCGGCGCCAUGAACACAACCUGUUUCCUUCUUCCUCUUUGCGAUACCCUCAAGUCGCGCCGUGCCAGCCACCGAGCGCCGACUUCGAUCCAGCCAAACGCUUGACGACAUUUCUUCUACACUUGCCCUCGACCGACGCGCAUCCUCUUCUCGACCUCGCGCAAGACACACCGCUACCUGGAACGGCGAGUGGUG